UAUACUACCCACUAAACGUUUUUGCCAAUUAAAGAAUAGUAUGAGGGAGGAGGAGAAUUCCUAGAUCGAGGUCUUCCCUUAGUCUAUUAGUCCAAAAGAUGGCGGCAUGUCAUCAGUGCUGUGCUGUGCUGAGAGUCUGAACAUCACAAGACUUAAGAAUUAACAUCAAGAAACUGCAGCUAAGCCACAUCUAAUUAGCUUAGAAACACAAGUUACCAGUAACAAGUAUAAAGCUGACCUAGAUGUAGCAGUCCAAGCAACCUUGCCAAGUCUAUCCAAAGAAGAAAAGCACAACUUACCAAGAAAAAUCUAACCCCAGAGAAUAGCUGCUACCCCAAAGUGGUGAACAAAGCAUUGCACACAACGGCUGCUGCAUCAUUGGCACUUAAAGCACGGCACAAGCAUCUGAGUGACAUCUGAGGACCAACACCCCCCCCACACAGUCACUAUAUACUGCCAAAUCACCACUACUGUUACUGUUACAACUACUUCAACUACUUCACCUACUAUCUAGUACCACUACUCAAAAAUCAUAUAUAUCUAUACCUAUUUUACUUUUUCCUUAUAUAUAAAUAUAUAUACAGUAGUCUAUACAUACACAUCCUGGCACAAAAGGAAAACAAAAGGAAGUAACAUAUGACAACUGUACCUCCUCUCACAGUUGUUAUCCUUUCUCCCUUGUCCCCUACCCUUCCCUCUUCCUCUAUUUUCUGAGCAUUUUUGAACCAGUCUCGUCGCAAGAAUCUGUGUUAAGUCGAAAUCUUUGUUGACCAAAGUCCAUGUGCGUUAUUCAGUUAGUGUACAAGGAGUAUUAGUGACUUUUGGUCAAGUAGAUAUUUUACCUUUAUUUUUUUGUUUAUUUUCUCCAUCGUCAACUGCAAGUUGUACAAACGUGUAAGGAUUUCCCUUUUUAUCUUUCCUUGAUUUAGAUCUUUACAUGCUUGAAGGACAUAAUCAAAGACGUAACAAAACCCACAAUUAGAUGUAUUGUCUUAGAUAUAUUAUUGUGAAGUGAAUGUGUGGUCCCGUAACUCCCUACCACCACAAGUAGCAGGCAACAUAGCUGCAGUCUUGUAUAUUAAAGUAUAAACGACCAAGUAGCAACACUAACACUCAUAACAAUGGAUCCUCAGUGGAAUAUUUUCCAGCCGCCUAUCUCUGAACCUGCAGUACUGGAUUAUAGUGGAGGCAGCUUGCAACACCACAACCGAUACAAUGGCUUUUAUGAUCCCCCCUUGUCUAGCCACCACCAGUCCCGCAGCACAAUAACCCCCAUGUCUCCUAACUACAUGUGUGCCCCUACUCCAACACAGCACAGUGUCUAUUCCUCACCCCACAUGAACAGCCACCCCACCACACAGUCCAGCCAGGCCUUGCACCAGUCCAACAAUCACUCACAACCACCCACAUCCCAGCAGCAGCAACAACAACAACAACAGCAGCAGCAACAGCAACAACAGCAGCAACAGCAACAGCAACAGCAGCAGCAACAGCAACAACCACCCCCACCUGCCCCACAGUCUCAGGGACCCCCAAGAUCCCCACAGCUUAAUAGUUCUUCCUCCAACUACUAUAACUCCAACUCAAGCAGUCAGUACACUCCUCCUGUGGCAGACUUCAAGAUCGGAACAUUCACACUUAAUGCCAAUGGUUUCCCCACGGAGUCCAAUGGGCAGGAGUCCAGCUCAUCAUACACCCACAGCAAUGGCAUGUCUAGCAAUAACAGCCAGAAUGUCCGAGAAACUGGCAUCAUUGAGAAAUUGCUGCAAACCUAUGGCUUCAUCCAGUGCUGCGAACGUCAGGCACGACUCUUCUUCCAUUUCUCUCAGUUUGAUGGCAACACUGAACACCUUCGCAUUGGUGACCCAGUGGAGUUUGAAGUGACCUUUGACCGUCGUACAGGCAAACCCAUUGCUUCUGCUGUCACAAAAAUUUCUCCAGAAGUGGCCCAUCAGGUGUUGAGUGAGGAGCGUGUGAUUGGAAUAGUCACUACUGAGCUUCGCAGUGAGUCUGGAGGUGAGCACCAGGGUCGCAUCACCUAUGAGAAUCGUGGUGAGUGUUUCUUCCUUCCAUAUGGCAAGGAGGAUGUGGAAGGCUAUGUCAUUCUCAAGCCUGGGGACAAGGUCAGCUUCCAGAUCGCCACAAACCAGAGGACGGGCAACCUGGCUGCUCGACAUGUGCGUCUGGAAAAUCCUGCCCAGCCUGUCAAGUACCAGGGUGUUGUGAGCACCAUCAAAGACUCGUAUGGCUUUAUUGAGCGUGCUGACGUUGUGGAUGAAAUUUUCUUCCACUUCUCUGAGGCAAAGAAUAUUCCUGGUGGACUGAAGCUUGGCGAUGAUGUGGAGUUCUACAUCCAGACACGAAAUGGAAAGGAAGUAGCUACCAACAUGGUGAAGCUGAAGCCAGGCACAGUGGUGUUUGAGGACAUCAAUCAGGAGCUGAUGAAGGGACAGGUUCUGAAGCCUGUUGAAAGGAACCCACGGCACAACCAGAAGGACCCUCUGACAGGCCGCAUUCGUUAUCGUGGCAAAGACCGUUCAGAGGUUGAAGUGAAGUUUGGUGAGCGUGACCAGAAGGGAGACUUCACAUUACGUCAUGGGGACUGGGUGCAGUUCAACAUUGCAACUGAUCGCCGUGACCACCUGCAGAAGGCCACCAACAUCUCCCUUCUAGAUGACAGCUUCAACGUGUCUGGUGAGAAGCGUGAGCAUGGAGUGAUUGCUGCCCUCAAGGAUGGCUAUGGGUUUAUCAAAUGUGCUGACCGAGAUGCUCGCCUAUUUUUCCACUACAGCGAACUGCUGGACCCAGAAAAUGAAAUCUCUGUCAAUGAUGAGGUUAUGUUCACUGUAGCCCAGGACACCACAAACCAAUCCCCGAACCGACAGAGUGCCAUCCGUAUUCACCGUGUUAACUCCGGCACUGUGAAAUUUGAAGUGCUAGUCACUGAGGGAGUUCAGGGACAUGUGGCUAUAGAGGCUCCAGCCAGUCCCAGAACCCCCACCAAAGCCAGUGGAAGGUCCUCACCUUCAGAAAAAAUAGAAGAGCCUGGUGUGAUCUCCUACAUUCAGGAUGGAGUGAAGCAGACUAUCAACUACUAUGCCAAAAACUGUGAUAGACCCGUGCAGGUGGGGGACAAGGUGGAGUUCAACAUCUACAAGGUGAAGCGCACAAAAGAACUCAUCGCCAUGGGGGUGAAGGUAGUGCGCCUAAACACCACUAUCCGACAGUCCACCAACAACCUCACUUCUGCUCCGGGGAUGGUGCCUUCCAGAGCCGUCCUAUCCACAAGCCCCAGCUCCACUACAAACAACAGUUCCAGUAACAGCCUUACCAACAACAAUGGCUUCAGCAGCAGCAAUAAUAGCAGCAGUAACAGUUUGAACAGCCACAACAGCAGUAAUGGCAACAGUAGCAACAGCAACAACAACUCUGUAAGCAGCAAGAUGAACAAUGGUGCUUCCAACCAUCACUUGUCAACUGUGUACCAAGGCUUUGUGGCAGCACUGAAGGACACUUUUGGCUUCAUUGAAACCAUUGAACAUGACAAGGAGGUCUUCUUCCACUUCAGUAAUGUGGAAGGAGAUGCUGGAAACCUUGAAUUGGGCCAAGAAGUGGAGUACACAUUGUCUUCACGCACUGGGCCAGGAGGCAAAGUUUCUGCUGAGAAUGUUCAUGUGCUUGCCAAGGGAACCCUACCAAUGCCUAAAGUACUGAGUGAGAUGUUUGAGGGGACAGUACUGCGGUCCAUGCGCUCCAUCAACCCAGACCAAGAAGAGUACAGUGGUCUGGUUUGCAUAGGAAAUGAAAGUGAUGGCUUGACACAGUAUGAGUUUGGCAUCACUGGACUCAUCAACAAGCGAGAACUCCUCCAGCCUUCAGAUCAGGUCACCUUCCAGUUGGAUGAGUCUCAGCGGGCAGUGCUCAUCAAAGCUAUCCGCAAAAAGCUGAUUGCUAGUGUUGAUGCUGUUAAGGGUCAGUAUGGCUUCCUCAACUAUGAAACUGAAGAAGGGAAAAAGUUGUUCUUCCACCAGUCAGAAGUAAAGGAUGGCAACUCCCUGAGCCCUGGGGAUGAAGUUGAGUUUGUUAUCAUCACCAACCAAAAGACAGGGAAGUCCUCUGCUUGCAGCAUCUCUCGAAUUAUGUCCAAGAAUGCUCCAACACAGCGCCCUGACCGUCUCAUCAGCCGACUGAAGAACCUCAAUUGUGACACCAGCAAGCCACGGAUGACAGUACUCCGCCAGCCGAAGGGUCCUGAUGGCACCAAGGGCUUCAAGUUGCAGCGCACUGUCUCUGAGGCUGACGUGGUGGUGGAACAGUGAGUAGGUGUUCUGGGCUGUAUGUCUUACAAAAUCAUCAAGAAAAGCCUGUGUACUAGUUAUUAAUUCUCAUGUAAUUUAAAUUCUGUGCUAGUCAAUGCUGACACAAUACACUAUUAUGUAAUUUCUUUGCCAAAUUUGCUGGUUUGCAAAACCCAUUCAUUGUGUAAUCACAAGUGGGAUGCAAAGCUCCUCAAUUUUAGAGAAUUUCUGUGUAUAAUGCCUAACACUGUUAAAGAACUACAUAAAAUCAAGUGGAACUGCAAGUAGGUGACAGGCAACUAUAUAACCCUUAACGAUGAGUUGAUUAUGACAACGACAUAAAGCAUAAAUCUUCUGUGGUGUUGUGGGUAACGAAACUGAGAAAAACAGUGCAAUGCCCCAUUGUAACCCAGUAUUGCUGAUAUUGUUGGAGUGAGUGUAACGAAUGUGUUCGCAACAAGUUUUCCUAUGAAGAGGCCACUUAGGGUGAUAUCUUCUUCCCCAUUCUCCUUGCUUAUGUUGCUUGCUGAACAUCUUUAUACAUAUAGUUUUAAUAAUGCUUCAUAAUAGGUUAGCUUACCUUUUUUAUUGUUAUUUUUUCCCACACAUUUUCUUCAUAUGAUCCCUGUAGCUAUUAUCUCAAUGGAGAAUAAGCAGGUCACCCAAAAAGAAAAAAAACGCAAAAAAAAUGACAAACGUGUCAUCAAACUUGUGUGACUGAGCUUGACUCUUCUUUUUGAACCCAAAAGGUAGCCACCUUCAUAUUAUGAGUGAAAGAAGAGGCAUCUGAAUAUGUAUUUGGUUUAUUGACAUUAUUUUUCUUCUCACAUCAGGUCUUUAUUAGUAAAUGUAAACACUACUUAACCAUCUUGCUUAUUAAGACUUCAGUGUGUUGUUAAUUGAUUGUAGCAUAGAGUGUGAAAGUAAGAGUGUUUUUGAGAGUGUGUGUGCGUGAGUGAGAGAAAGAGAGAGAGUAUGUAGCAGUCAUCAGAUGUGUACAAGUGAAGAUAGGUCUUGCUCUCCCUGAAUAUGUUGGCCUACCAGAAGAUGGACUUAGGACUGGGCAGUCCUUAUACAAACUUGAUAGUCAUAGGGAUGGUGUUCCUUCCUCCCUUUUUCAAGUUAGUACCAUAUGUAGGUAACUGCUUCUCCUGAGUAUAAAAUAGAUCUGUUUGACGUGCAAAGUCAAUCAUAUGAAAGUAUCUGAGAGAAUGAUUCACUGACUUGUCUUGGGCUGAAGGGGUCACACAGGGAACCAUGACUGACCCCUUCCCUAUGACAACUGCAACAAUACAAGGUCGCCAGAAAUAUUGCCAGGGAAGCAUAAAGAAUGUGUAAUACUGAAAGAAAAAUGUAAAAGCAAAGAAAUGAGAGAAGUGAAUUUAAAUUAGCUUAGCCAAUAUAUCCAAGAAGACCAAGGUGCUGCCAACAGUAACUAGAGCAACAGUUUUGAGAUAUAUUCUUAAGUCUUGAGAAAUGCUUCAUACCUUUCAUUAGGGCAUGAGAAGCAAAGCCUCUUCAGGGCACAACUGUAUUUUUUUUAUUCAUUCUUUUCAAUUAUGGUACCUCAAGGAAAUAACUGGAAUUAAAGAAAUGCUGCUACUGUACAUAAUCUUGUAUUUGUUUUCAUGUGACAGUUCAGAGGAAAAUUGUGUGAUCCAUGAAAUCCCUCAAAAUUGCUGCUCUUGAACUUUGAAAAACAAUGAUGGACUGCAAAUGAGUUUCCAUAAUUAUACCUCAACUAUAAGGCUGUGUUCAAGUCUGUGAUCCCACGCAACUAAGAGGGAUAAAUGCGCAAAGUGGCGUGUUUAUACAUAGAUGCACUUGAAGGUACUGUUGUGUUAACAAUGUUUAAUCUUGUCUGCAACACUGCAUAAAUAUAAGCCCAGUGACUCUUCAUAUGUGAGACCUACCCCUUUGCAUAUAUACAAUACCAUUUCACUAUCACUCUAAAACCAGUCCAUGUGUGAAUGUUGGUAACCCUCACUUUCAUGCUACUUUAGGGAGGGUAUUAAGAGCUCAGAAGCUGAAGGCUACUGCAGACAUACAUGUACACUCCUCAUCUCCUGUCUCCUACCCACUCCCCUCCCCACUAUCUACUCAGUUUUCUCAGCAUGUUGAGGAUGGAUUAGUCUAACAUGCUUGAUGGUGCUUAGAAUGCAGUGAAACUAUAAUGUCUGUAGACUACCCAUCCAAGACCUUGCUUCUAUAGUGAGGCUGCUUGGAUGCAUCCUCUGCUGGCCAGCAAGUCAAAGCAAGAAAAUGAUGUAGGCACUGAUAGAAGAGUGUAGGUGAAUUAUGAUUGUAUGUAGCUGCAGAACUUGCUAGUAACACACGUAAUUAUUCUUAGUAGGAAUGAUGAUCUUUGCAAACAGCUGGCUGGCUACAGUGAAAACUUUGCCAUGCUUGACCUGCUGUGUGGUACAUGCUAUGAUGAUUAGAUGUAGGAUUUUGGACCAUAUUUUCCUAACAGUAUAAUCCCAAUUAUUAUUCUCUAGAGUAUUACUGUGUAAUAUCAGGUGUGGUUCUGCAGCACCAUGGGUUAUGUUAACUAGGGACUGAGGGAGGAGACUUGCAUGUCUUUGCCAGGCAGGGAGCAUUGAUGGAGGCUUUAAGCUUUGUUCACUCAUGGAUUAAAAACAACUUCAGAAGAAAUAAUCAAAAUUUUAAGUGAACUUCAAGCUUUUCAAUGUAUGUGGUUUAUUAUUUUUUUACAUCUUAAUUUUGAAAUCAGUCAAGAUUGACUUGUAUGUUAUUUAAAGGGUGUAAUGUCCAAUAAAACUCACUGUGUCUUCUUAAUUGUGCCAUGAAUAUACUCUUCAUAAUAUAAAGCAUGUAAGAGAUUAUGCUGUAACGUUAGACCUUCAACAGUUUCCUGUCCCAGCACUGAAGAAUGUUCAUUAUUGCCUUCCUAUAUUUACUUUGCAAUUUUGAAUGUUCAUCACAAGGGCUGUCAGUGUAUGUGCUCCUAAAGAUAUAGGAGUGCAUUUAUUAAUUUGUACUGACAAGUACUCUACCAGCUUUAUUUAUGUAUUCUUUUUGUUUGAUGUUUUAUUUUCUUUUUCCCUGAAACUGGUUGUGAACUUUAAAAUUAUUUAAAAAAAGAUACAACUCAAGAAAUUUCCUUGAGUAUGACCUAUAAAUGCUGAGUAGCCUUACUACAUGCAUAUCAGGUGAACAAUUUUUGUCCAGGGAUGAACCUCUUUUACCUAACAUGGAAGCCAAGUCCUCCUCUUUUUCCUCCACCACAUAGGAGUGCCAUCACUACCACCACCUUUACCUUGGCCUGUGAGACCCUUCCAUGGGUGGCUUGAGAUCCAGGUAAAUCCUGGACCAAGCUGUCAUCCCUUGAACAUAAAUUAUCUUGCCUCACCAUGUUUUUGUUGUUGUUUUCUCAAGUGGCAUUUUUAUGGUAAUAUUGUAAAAAAUAAUACAUACACCAAAGUUUUUCUAUAGUCAUAGUAGGCACCAGUAUGAGUGAAAACUACGAAAUGUUUCGCUGUGAGAUUGACUUAGUUUUACUAUGAUUAAUUUGACCAUAUUAUCAAGUGUUAUGCCUAGUAUUAGGAUUAUUUUGUCAUAUAUGCAAUCUGUGUAUGAAAACUACUGUAGGAUUAUUAUUAUUAUUAUUUUUUUUUAUUUAUUUUUUUUUCCGUCUCUACUUAAAGCCAAAACAUUUUGUAAGGCGGGAUGGACAGACCAAGACAGACUGACAAGACAAGACAAGACACUGUAAUUAAUAAUUCCAAGCGGAACAAAUUUUGAUCUUGUGUAAAAGAAGUAUAAGUGUUAAGAUAACUAGAUUGUCUUGUGCUACAGACAUGAGGCUGUUGAACCGCUCAUGAUAAUGUUCCCUGUAACAACCUCACAUUUGUGGCAUUUAAAUAUAAGCUGCCUAGUAACAAAAAGCUACAGGAAAACUGGCUUUCCAAUUCAUGUUGAUCAUGAUUGUUUUUGAAAGCUGCUUGUAAAAAAAAGCUCAAAAUGACAAAAUGCAAAAAACUUCAUUGUAUGUGUGCUUCUGUAUACAACCCUGUUUGUUUCAUUAUCACGCUAAGGGGCCUCAUUGCUUAUGGUAACAGGAAUGGAGAAUGAUGACUAAAGUUUUGUAUCAACUCAAAAAAAAAAAGUAAUAAAAAUAUGCAAAUCUUA